UUUAAUGCUUGCUGUCCUUCUUGUGAGUUGUGAUUGGCCGGGACGUGCGCAGAUGUAGUCACCUGGCGAGAAGUUCAGCGACAUGCUGUAUUUGGUACCUGGUGCACUUGCAGAAGACCACAUCGCCGGAACAAACUGAUUGGUAUUCCCGCGUCUUCCUAUCAUUACAAGAACUUAAAAUAUGGGUUACGGCCGCACUGCAGACAUCUCGGUACACAAUGAUCGAUCCCUACACCCUGACCGGACUGGACCUAACAAUCCAGUCCGCUUUCUCGGUGCAGUCAAAAGGCCCAACCAUGGGCCCGCCCUCUUCAAACCCGUCGUAGACAAACCGCUACAAGAAGGCGUUUGCCGACGAUUACCUCUGGGAUUUGGUGAUUCGUUCUCUACCGUGGUCGUGUCGGCAUCUAGGUCCUCUCAGAUCAGCAACGCGACGCGGACAGAUUGGAAAGCGCUACUCACGGCGCAUCCGUGAC